AUGGCGGUGGAGGAGGCCGCGGAGAGCUGCGGCAGCCACGCCGCGGCCGCGGCCGCGGCCGCUGCGUCUGGCGGCGGCGCGGCGGGGCCCGCGACGUCCUCGUCAUCGGCAGCCGCGGCGGCCGCGCAGGCGCGGAAGCAGCAGCAGCAGCAGCAGCGCCACAAGCUCGACGUGUACACGGAGGUUCUCCGGCGCCUUCACGACGCCGGCCUGCCCGACGCGCGGGCGCCCGGGUUCGACGACGAGCUAUGGAACCACUUCAAUCGCCUCCCCGCCCGCUACGCCAUGGAUGUGAACGUGGAGAGGGCGGAGGACGUGCUCACGCACAAGCGGCUUCUGGAGCAGGCCAAGGAUCCGGCUCAGCGCCCGGCUUUCGCGGUGCGGGCCGUGCAGGUAUCUCCAAUUCUUGAUGGGAAUCAGACUGAUGCUGAUUCGAACACUGCAGGGGAGGAAGUUGCUUCAAGACCAUUGAAUAGGCAGCAAAGCAUACAUCCUCCUCCUGCCUUCGGUUCUUCUACAAAUCUUGAGGCCCUUGCUCUUGAAGCUAGCAAGUCUCAUCAAGAUCAUGAUAGCACCUCUGAUAAUGGUCGAUCUCUGUACAGGCCCAUGCAUGAAAUCACCUUUUCAACCAUUGACAAGCCAAAACUUCUUAGUGAGCUAACAUCUUUGCUUGGGGAGCUUGGUCUAAACAUUCAAGAAGCACAUGCUUUUUCAACAAAUGAUGGCUACUCACUUGAUGUCUUUGUUGUUGUCGGUUGGCAUGAUGAGGAAACAGAGGAUUUAGAAGAAGCGGUGCAGAAGGAGAUUGGCAGGAUUGAGGAGACACAAGCAUGGUCUUCAUCUCAUUCAUGGUCUACUCCAGUUGAGAACAUGCAGAUUGCUGAGAAUUCAGCAGCUGACCGUGUUGAGAUACCAACAGAUGGUGCUAGUGAAUGGGAAAUUGAUGUAAAACUGCUCAAGUUUGGGAAUAAAGUAGCAUCAGGAUCAUAUGGUGAUCUUUACCGGGGUACAUAUUGCAGUCAAGAUGUUGCUAUUAAGGUGCUGAAACCUGAGAGAAUAAAUGCAGACAUGCAGCGAGAAUUUGCUCAGGAAGUAUAUAUUAUGAGGAAGGUCCGUCACAAGAAUGUUGUGCAGUUUAUUGGUGCUUCCACUAAACCCCCAAAUCUAUAUAUAGUCACAGAAUUUAUGUCCGGUGGAAGUGUGUAUGAUUACCUCCAUAAACAUAAAGGUGUUUUCAAACUUCCUGCUUUAGUUGGAGUUGCAAUGGAUGUGUCAAAAGGCAUGAACUAUUUACACCAGAAUAAUAUUAUUCAUCGCGAUUUGAAAACUGCAAACCUUCUGAUGGAUGAAAAUGGGACUGUUAAAGUUGCUGAUUUUGGUGUUGCCCGUGUUAAAGUUCAAUCUGGAGUUAUGACUGCAGAAACUGGUACUUACCGUUGGAUGGCCCCAGAGGUCAUAGAGCACAAACCCUAUGAUCACAAGGCUGAUGUUUUUAGUUUUGGAAUUUUGAUGUGGGAACUACUCACAGGGAAGAUUCCUUAUGAGUACCUGACUCCACUACAAGCAGCUGUUGGUGUGGUGCAGAAGGGAUUACGGCCUACAGUUCCGAAACAUAAUCAUGCAAGGCUUUCUGAGCUUCUUCAGAAAUGUUGGCAGCAGGACCCCGCUCAAAGACCAGACUUCUCCGAAAUAUUAGAAACUCUUCAGAGAAUAGCAGAGGAGGUCGGAGACGAGCACGAGGGGAAGCACAAGGACAGAACACUGGGUGGUUUCUUUUCAGCUUUGAGGGGGCGGAGCCAUUGA